AUGGUCAAUCUCCGUUCACAAAAACGUCUCGCUGCCUCAGUUGCUGGCGUCGGCAAGCGCAAAGUUUGGCUCGACCCUGCUGAGCAGGCUGAGAUCGGUAACGCCAACUCACGCACACACAUAAAAAAACUCAUCAAGGAUCACCGCGUCAUCAUUAAACCCACCGUCAUCCACUCGCGAUCUCGUACUCGCGAUCUUCUCGCUGCUAAGCGUAAAGGGAGACAUACUGGCCCUGGUAAGAGAAAGGGUACGUCUGAGGCGAGGAUGCCUACAAAGGUGCUUUGGAUGAGAAGACAACGGGUGUUGAGGAGACUUUUGAGAAAAUACAGAGAAGCCGGAAAGAUUGACAAACACCUCUAUCACUCCUUGUACCAAAAGUCAAAGGGUAAUGUCUUCAAGAACAAGCGUGUUCUCAUGGAGUACAUCCAUAAGGCUAAAGCUGAGAAGACACGUACCAAGGUCCUCACUGACCAGAUGGAGGCCCGUCGUGUCAAGAAUAAGGCUGCCCGCGAACGUCGUGCCGCCCGUGUCCUUGAGAAGCGACAGGCAAUUCUCGCUGUUGAGCACGAUGCACCUGUUCAGGAGUAA